AUGCAACCAAAUGAAAAGCAGUACGGCGAAGGGGCCCCAAUCCACACAAAUGAGGAUUUUGAGACAUCCGACCCUGCACGCAUUGACAGACUCAUUUUUGACAAGAUCAAUCUACUCCAAAAUUCAAUCGAGGAACUUAAAUCACUGAAUCGUGAUGGAGGUCCUCUGGGUUCAAACGCAUAUAGCAGGCAUAAUAAAUUGGACGCUAGUGCGCCUGCGAAAAGUUUAUAUCUGAUAGGAAAUUCUGACCAGCAGCACUCCCAUUCGAUACAGAACAGCCUAGCUAAUCAUAGCGAGCGGUUUGCGCCACUGGCUUAUCAAACACAGUCAGUAAAUUCUGUUGGUUUAGUUGAUGAAGCAGAGAGGAAACUGCAAGAACUAGAGGCACUGCUUUCUAUGCUGCGAGGGGAGGAACGUUACUCGACAGCACCUAAAAUACCAAUUUAUCCGGACACGCGAUCUCUUCAAGAGAGAUCGUUCAUUAACGUAACUGGAAAAGGUUAGUCACUUUUAAAAACCUUACUGAUUAAAUAUUCUAGAUAACAGAGAACUCUUUGACAAUUCAACUGCUGGCGAGUCGAGUGUAACAAACUUUGAAAAACGGACGGCGCAGAAUAAACAAAAAUUGAACUCAUACGCUCUCGAACUCCAAAAACAAAUAGAGGAUGAUAAGCGGAGAAAGGAAGAACAACGUCGGCUUGAGCUGGAAGAAGACCGCAAGAAAGAAAAGGAAAUGUCAUUAUACGAUCAAUUUGGACAAAAGCUCGUGAAUGAAACGUCAGAUGCCUUAACAAAGACAGAAGAACCUGUUCAUCAGGACAGAGUCAAGUCUGAGGUUGUUCCAGUGCCGGGAAAGGUUUCAACAUUCGCCCGUGGUGGCAAUGGGGUCUUUGGUCAACCUCUCACUCAGUCUCAAAAAGAAGCGAAUGACAGAUAUAGGAGAGAAUUGGAGGAACAAAUUGCAGAAAGAAAGAAACGUGAAAUAGAGGAAAAACAGCGGAGGGAAGAGGAAGAUAGGCUAGAGCUUGAAAGGAUUGAGGCUGAGCGGAAGAAAAUCGCCGAAGAGCUUGCGGCUGAAAAAGUCAAAAGUUGUCAGCAGUGCAGGGUAUUUGAAGCUGAACCGCAAGCUCCUUCACCUGAACUAGAAAACGCACCGGAGAAAAUCUGUAAAAGUCCCAGUGGACAUAGCGUAUGUCUCCAGACACAGCUGAUACAAGAACGUAGAACCCCUCCUACAAAGGUGAAUAAAGAGUCAAAUGUGACCCAGGAGGACUUUUCUGAUGAGUCAUUGCUAGUGUCUGGCGAUUCACUGGCGAUUAUUUCGCAAAUCAAACGACUUAGGGCGGGACUCGUUGCUGAAAAGCGGCGCAUCACAGCUUUGGAAAUCCUUCCAGAACCCGAUGUUCAAGUAUUUGAUCCUCGGUCUGUGUUUGCGCCAAUCAAAGCGCCCCUUUAUGAAAGGUCAGGCAGACCUAUGAAGACAUCCAGGCCCAAGUUCCAUGCAAAGGGCAUUGUAAAGCCGCCCACGGUUUUCUUAAUGGACGGGUCGGAGCUUCAGCCAUUAAGACCUGUGCGACCUGUCUUUAAAGGAUGUCCUGAUUCAAAGAGCUCUCCACGACGACCCUUAAAGAGCCAUCAUCUUGCACCAGUUAUCCGACGACGUUCCACUGAGUCUGUGCAAAUCGACAAUAGUUCAUCCUUUGUACAAUUACCGUAUAGACAUCCCGAGAGGUAUUUUAAAAAUGACAUGGCUAGAUCACCUUCCUUAGGUUCAUUGAAUUUGGAUGA